AAAAUGCCUAAUACAGUGAAAAAUCAAAGACAAAGUAUCACACACACUCACACACGACUGGUGGAACAAGAAGACUGGGGAACUGGAAAGAGACCGUUCGGCAUAUUGGAACUGGAAGGUUUUUUUAGUUUUUUUUUUUAUUUGGGAAUUGCAAUUUCCUCACGCGCCUUUACGCAAGAACCACUUCUAUUUUCGAGAAAAAAAGUUUUAAAACCACCAUUUCUAUCAUGCUCAUUUUAAAAACAGAGCAAUAAGACGCUCCAAGCCUGUGGAUUUUAAAUAGCUGCAAUGGACCUGACAACUUUGAAAAUAAAAUGGACUUUGGGAAGGCAAGUGGUGUGUCUUGUUUUGUUAACUUGUGUCUUGGGUUUAGUUUCUGGUCAGAUACGUUACUCAAUACCAGAGGAAUUAGAGCACGGAGCUUUUGUUGGCAAUAUAGCUGAAGACUUGGGCUUAGAUGUUGCCAAACUUUCCGCUCGCCGAUUCAGAAUUGUUUCUGGUGCUAGGAAACAGUACUUAGAAGUGAAUUUAGAAAAUGGAAUUUUAUUUGUGAAUGAGAAAAUUGACCGGGAAGAACUGUGCGAACUAAGUCCGACUUGUUUUUUGCACUUGCAAGUUGUAAUCGAAAACCCACUGGAACUGUUUAGAGUGGAAGUAGAGAUUUUGGAUGUGAACGACAAUGCUCCCAGUUUUCCCUGGAACGAGUUCGUUCUGGAGAUCACAGAGUCAGCGGCUCCGGGCUCCCGGUUCCCGCUGGAGAGCGCACAAGACCCUGACGUGGGUACUAACUCUCUCCGCACGUACCUACUGAGCUCCAACGAGCAUUUCUCCCUGGAUAUUCAGACACGGAGUGACGGCAGUAAAUUUGCAGAGCUGGUGCUUGAGACGCCCCUGGACAGAGAGCAACAAAAAACCCAUCAAGUGGUGCUGACAGCUGUAGAUGGAGGGAUGCCAGAACGAUCUGGCACAGCACAAAUCACUAUUAGUGUCUUAGAUGCUAACGAUAACGUGCCUGUUUUUGACCAAUCUUCCUAUCGGGUGAGUUUGGUGGAAAAUGCCCCAAGGGGUACACUGGUUAUCAAACUUAAUGCCUCAGAUGUGGACGAGGGUACUAACGCGGAGACGUAUUUUUCUUUCAGUGGCCACGUCCCCUUGAAGGUGCGGGAAGUCUUCAGUGUAGAUUCACACACCGGGGAGAUAAGAGUCAAAGGUAUCGUGGAUUUUGAAAAAUCCAGCAUCUAUGAAAUGUAUGUGCAAGCCAAGGAUAAGGGCCCAUCUGCCGUGGCUGUGCAUUGCAAAAUACUGGUUGAUAUUCUUGAUACAAACGACAAUGCACCAGAAGUUAUUUUAACUUCGGUGUCCACACCUGUUCAAGAGGACUCACCUCCCGGCACCGUAAUAGCUGUCAUCAGUGUCAUGGAUCGGGAUUCAGGGAACAACGGCAACGUAGACUGUGCGAUUCCUAAUAAUGUCCCUUUUCAAUUACACUCGUCUUUCAAGAACUAUUACACUUUAGUUACCAGUGCAUUUUUGGAUCGGGAAACUGUCUCAGAAUACAAUAUUACUGUCACAGCAAGAGAUCUGGGUUCACCUCCUCUGUCCACUAAGAAAACAAUCUUAGUCCAAGUCUCAGAUAUAAACGAUAACGCUCCACGAUUCGUGCAACCAUCAUACACAGUCUAUGUGACUGAGAAUAAUGCCCCCGGGGCUUCGAUUUGCUCGGUGACUGCCUUUGAUCCUGAUUCGAAUCAGAAUGCUUAUCUGUCGUACUCUAUUCUGGGGGGUCAGAUUCAGGGCAUGCCCGUGUCUACUUAUGUUUCAAUCAACUCAGACAACGGCAAUAUCUACGCGCUGCGCUCCUUUGACUACGAGCAACUUAGAAACUUUCAAAUUCGAGUUCAAGCCCAAGACGCAGGCUUCCCAUCUCUUAACAGCAACGUUACUGUCAACGUUUUUGUUCUGGACCAAAACGACAACGCCCCGGUUAUUGUUUCCCCUUUACCAAAAAACGGCACGGUAUCCACGGAGAUGGUGCCCAGGUCCGUUGACGCUGGCUACCUUGUGGCAAAAAUAACUGCGUUAGAUGCAGACGCUGGGCAGAACUCACGUCUUUCAUAUCAGGUUCUGCAGGCUACAGAUCCGGGGCUGUUCAGCGUAGCUCUGUACACAGGAGAAAUCAGGACAAUACGCAGAUUUAUGGACAAAGAUGCCACAAGGCAAAGGCUAGUCAUUUUAGUCAAGGACAACGGUCAACCGCCCCUUUCAGCCACUGUUUCCAUCAUCUUAUCAGUGGUUGACAGUGUGCCAGAAACCCUUUCUGAUUUCAGCGACCCUGCUCUGAGCCAGGACUCCCCCUCUAACAUAGCUCAAUACUUAAUCAUUUCUUUAAGCUCCAUUUCAUUCAUAUUUCUGGUGGCUAUAAUUGUCCUAGCAGCCAUAAAAUGCUACAAGGACAGACAUUCAACGAGGGGAUACCGCUUAUCCUCGACUUGCUGUGGUUUCAGAUCCGAGGCGUCUACUGAGGUGUUUCAAAAAUCCAACAUUAACCUUCAGAUAUCAUCCGGAUCCAAGGUGCCCACCAGCUGCGUGGAAGUCAAUGGAAACGGACCCCUUUCUCAGGCGUAUUGUUACAAAGUGUGUUUGACCCCGGAAUCGGCCAAAAGUGACUUUAUGUUUCUGAAACCUUGCAGCUCAGCGACACCAAGGAACAAUGCUAAAGAUACCGAUAACUUGGCGACAGGCUGGGGCGGGCAGAACCACAACCACACUGUAAAUAAGCGUGGUACACCCAACGAGAUAAAGCAACCUAACAAUGACUGGCCGUUAUCAAAGACCCAGAACUCUGCAUUAAAAAGCUACAGCUCGAUGAAUAUGGACGGAACCCUUAUCCGGAAAGCGAUUCAGAGAGAAUCCGAACAUUUUGUGGCUGGUGGUCAGUACUGGACUUGGGGAACCCACAUGCGGGAUUAUAUGAUUCCCUCCCCAGCCAUCGGGCUGACCGAUCUGGCUUGGACUCCUAGAUAUGGGCCCCAAUAUCAGCUUCACCCAGCCCCUGAUUAUCAGCACAACGUAUACAUCCCUGGCACACCGACAUUGCAGACCACCAGCAAGCCAAUGCAGCUCAGCGACCUAGACGUUAAGAAUUCCUUCUCCACCUUUGGGAAGAAAAAGAAGUUCACAUCAAAUUAUGACCCCAAAGAAGAUGGGAUCAUAAACAAUGACCUGUUUUAACAAAUGAUGUAGCUUAUUCUGAAAGACUGUUUUUUUAAUGCACAAAUGUAACGAAACUGCAGUUGCGCAGCAGCCACUGCACAGAGUUGCUCGUCGAUGACGCAGUUUACAAUCAAAGCACUAUGGUGUAAUAUAAUCAUGUGAUGUCAUUUUUACUCGAGAAGCAGCACGUCUGGAAACAGUACUUUAAAAUAGCUGUGUUUGAGUUUCUCCACUGUUUUGCACAUAUUGAUGCACAGGCAAAGACUGAGAAGAUCUGCAAAUAUGGUACUAUGGGAAAUGCACUAAAACUGGCCUAAUUUAUGGUGUCAAUCUAUUAUUAUUAUUAUUAAUAAUAAUAAUAAUAAUAAUAAUAAUAAUAAUAAUAAUAAUAAUAAUAAUAAUAAUAAUAAUAAUAAUAAUAAUAGACAGUGGUACUGUUGUAUUGACAUCCUCAUCCUCAUAAAUGUUAAUUCCGAUUAAAUGUUUUACAACUGGGGUGGAAGCAUCAAUGUAUCUGAUCCACAGUUCAGAUUCCAUAUGUAACCGUUGUUGGAUCAAGUGGAGUUUGGUGAAAAGAUGACAGUCCUCAAGUACUGAGCAGGCAAGCCUGAUUUAUGCAAAGGCUUGUACAUGUUUUGAGAGAUAGAAAGGAAGCCAUACAACAUUUUUAUUAAGAUGAGUGGAUGUCAGUAUUUAUGGUCAAUACUUUUCUUUGCUAAAUGCGUUAUUGUUAAUUUGUAUCAUGGACUAAUGGUAAUUGGGGAGUGAGCUGUCAUUGUAAGUUAAUUAGCUAAAUGUGUUUCUGAACAUUAAGGUGCUGGUAUGGGCACUAUAUCAAGUUGCCAGCCAUUUGUUGUAAAAUUCUACACAUUACCUUUAAAUUGCGCUAUAGUAUAAUCCUGUGUGGUCUUUGCCUGGUACGUAUAACUUUGAAGCUACUCUACCUGUAUUCUAGGACAUGAACAGAUACUUAUUUUGAACACUGUUAUGGUAGAGGAGUCCAGUAAUGUUAAGCCAUUGUCAUAUGCACAAAGCAGCCUUUAGGACCAGUAAUGCACAAAUAGAAGUGGAAUAUUUGGCAUGAAGUGUGCGUCCUUGUAAAUGAAUUUUCAAAUAAAAAUGUUUUGUUUUUUGUAUUGUACUUGAGAAGCGUUAUGCAAAUCAAACACACAUUCUUAGAUUUGAUAUAUACAUGUUUGCCUCUCAUAAUUUUCUUACGGUGUUUGAUAAGCACACAGAACUCAUACCCUCACCAUAAGGGGAAAGGAAGUGUAAGUUCACUGUAGUCCUGCUGUGUCUUGGUGUCUGUUAACUGUAAUGCUCUGUAGUUAACCUGUCUGUUCAUUAUACUUUCUCAUAAGG